AUGCCUUCCAUGUCCAAGCUCGCUCUCCUGGCCCUGUUGGCCGCCGUUCCGGGCCUCGCCGCCCCGCCCGGCCUCACACGCCCGGCCGACCUGCGUCUGAUCAAGACGUCGGAAUCGGAUCCCGGGCAGUGGGUCACGGAGCAGGAGGAGUUUGAUCGUUUCAUAUCCCAGAACAUCGGAUUCAUAGACAUCACCGACGUCGAGGACGACGAGGUGCUCUCCAUCCUGUCGGCCGAUCCGUCCGGGCAGGACGCCCAGCGACAAGCCGUCACGUACCCCAAUGGCGCGCUGCACCUGGACCAAGGCAACAAGUUGCUGGCAAACGUCACCACCGACGGGCCCAAGAGCUGGCUCAAGACGUACUCGGAGUUCCACACGCGGUAUUACCAGUCCGGCACGGGGCUCCAGGCCGCCAACUGGCUGUUCAACCAGGCCAAGCAGCUCGCGGCGCCGAAUCCAGCCAUCACCGUGCAGCGCUUCAACCACACCCGCUUCCAGCAGCCGUCCAUCAUUGCGCGGCUGCCCGGAAACAGCUCCAGCCUGGUGGUCGUCGGCGCGCACCUCGACUCCAUCGGGAGCAGCCCGACGGGGAGGAGCCCCGGCGCCGACGACGACGGCUCCGGCACCGUCGUGGUCCUCGAGGCGCUGCGCGUGCUCGCGGCCUCGGGCCUCCGGCCCCGAAACACAAUCGAGUUCCACUGGUACGCCGCCGAGGAGGUCGGCCUCCUCGGGUCCCAGGACGUCUGGGCCAGCUACAAGGCCGCCGGGCGCAGCGUCGUCGGCUACCUGAACCAGGACAUGGCGGGCUACUCGCCCACCGGCGUCCCGGCCGUCUUCCAGGACUACGUCGACGCCGGGCUGACGCGCUACGUGACCGCCCUGAUAGGGGACUACCUGCACGUCAAGCCGGGGACGUCCAAGUGCGGCUAUGGGUGUUCGGACCACGCGAGCGCGCGUGCUAAUGGCUUCCCUGCGGCGUUUGUGGCUGAGGACACGUUUGAGAAUUCAAACAAGUAUAUCCAUUCUGCGAAUGACACGUAUGACAAGAUCAUGUGGCCGACUAUUCUGCUUCACGCCAAGAUGGUUGUGAGCUACCUCUUGGAAGCGUCGUACAUUUAG